UAAAUCCGCCCUGGAGCAGGCGGGGCCGAGGAGCUUUCCCGUGCCAGGCCGGACACCUGGGUCCCCAGCCCGGCACGUGCACAGGGCGGGUCCCCGCUGCAGCCCGGGGAUCGGUCGAUGAGCGGGGCGCAGGGGAGGGAGAGAAACAGCCGCGGAGGCAGGAAAUCGCUGCCCGGAGAAAAGAGGCCGCUGGGGGGUCGGAGUCGAGGGGGGCUGGAGAGACCCCCCCAGCCAGCGCCAACGCUGGGCCAACGGGGGGGGGGUGUCUGCAACUGAGCUAACCUGGGGCUUUAUUUCCACCCCCCUAGUAGGGCAGUGACACAUUGGGGGGGGGGGGGGGGCUAAUCCCAGCCCCCUCCCUGGGAUGUUACUGAGAGUGUCGCACCUGCCCCAGGCCCAGAAUAACGGGGUCCUGCUCUCCUCGGGGGAUGCCCUGGGAACUCACUAGGCCCCUUUUCUCCUCUCUCCAGAUUGUCUGUCUGAAGAGACACGCCUGGUCUGUCCCUUCCCUGCUACCACGGACCCCGCCUUGCCCCAGACCAUGGCGAUGGCUGCAGCGGGGCCGGUGCAGCAGCUCCAGGUGGCGUUUGAAGACAUUGUUCUGUAUUUCACCCGGGAGGAGUGGGAGCUCUUAUCCCAGCCAGAGAAACAGCUGUACCGGGACCAGAUGCUGCGGAAUUACCGGGCCCUCGUUUCCCUGGGCUAUUCAGGUUCCACACCGGACUUAAUCCACCGGAUCGAGGUAGGGGAGGCAGAGCUCUGGAUCCAGGAAGCCGAGAACUCCAGGGAAAGCUCAGGGCCUGAGAGCUCCUCCCGAGCAGGGCACGGGAUCCCGGGAGGAACGAGGAGACGGUCUGAAUGUGGGGAGAGUGUGGGAGGAAAGCUGGAUCCCAUGGCCCACGGGAAGAACCAUGGACAGGAUGGAGUCAAUCCCCAUGCUGAGUGUGGGGAUGGACUCAGCCAGAGACCGGACCUGGCCACACACCAGAGGCUUGCUGUGGGGCAGCAAUCCCAUGGCUGCGUCGACUGCGGCAAGAGGUUCAGCAACGCCUCCGCACUGACCCAGCACCGGCGAACGCACAGCGGGGAGCGGCCGUACCGCUGCGCCGACUGCGGCAAGGGCUUCAUCAGAGCCUCCGCACUGAACCAGCACUGGCGCACGCACACCGGGGAGCGGCCCUACCGCUGCACCGACUGCGGCAAGGACUUCGCUCAGCUCUCACACCUGUCAGCACAUCAGCACACGCACACUGGGGAGCAGCUGUACCGCUGUGCUGACUGCGGCCAGAGCUUCUGCUGGGCCAAGUCUCUGCACCGGCACCGGCGCACGCACACCCAGGCGUGGCCGUACCACUGCGCCGACUGCAGCAAGGACUUCAGUGAUGCUGCCUCGCUGAGCCGGCACCGGCGCACGCACACCGGGGAGCGGCCCUACCUCUGUGCCGACUGCGGCAAGAGCUUUGGCAACGCCUGGACGCUGACCCAGCACCGGCGCACGCACACAGGGGAGCGGCCGCACCGCUGCGCCGACUGCGGCAAGGGCUUCAGCAACGCCAGCACGCUGACCCAGCACCGGCGCACGCACACCGGGGAGCGGCCAUUCCGAUGCACUGACUGUGGCAAGCGCUUUGGCAACAGCUCAAACCUGAGAGCACACCAGCGCACGCACACCGGGGAGCGACCACACCGCUGUGCUGACUGCGGCAAGGGCUUUGCACAGAGCUCACACCUGAGACUACAUCAGUGCACGCACACUGGGGAGUGGCCAUACCGUUGUGCACACUGUGGUAAGGGGUUCAGUAGUGCCAACACGCUGAUGCUGCACCAGCGCACGCACACUGGGGAGCGGCCGUAUCGCUGUGCUGACUGUGGGAAGAGCUUUGCACAGAGCUCAAACCUGAGAACGCACCAGCGCACGCACACUGGGGAGCGACCACACCGCUGUGCCGACUGCGGGAAGGGCUUUUCACGGAGCUCAAACCUGAGAACACACCAGCGCACGCACACUGGGGAGCGGCAGUACUGCUGUGCCGACUGUGGUAAGAAGUUCAGUAGUGCCAACACACUGACACUGCACCAGCGCACGCACACCGGGGAGCGGCCGCACCACUGUGCUGAAUGUGGGAAAAGCUUUGCAGAGAGCUCAAAGCUGAGAAUACACCAGCGCGCACACACCGGGGAGCGGCCACACCGCUGUGCUGACUGCGGGAAGGGCUUUGCAGAGAGCUCAAAGCUGAGAAUACACCAGCGCACGCACACAGGGGAGCGGCCGCACCGCUGUGCUGACUGCGGCAAGGGCUUUGCACACAGCUCAAACCUCAGAACACACCAGCGCACGCACACCGGGGCGCAGCCACACCGCUGUGCUGACUGCGGGAAGAGCUUUGCACGGAGCUCAAACCUGAGAAGACACCAGCGCGCACACACCGGGGAGCGGCCGUACUGCUGUGCUGACUGCGGGAAGGGCUUUGCACAGAGCUCAAGCCUGAGAAUACACCAGCACACACAUCAGGGAGCAGCCACACCGUUGUAACGAUUCUAGUAAGAAUUUCAGCAAAACCAUUGCACUGACCAAGCACCAGCGCACGCACACUGGGGAGAGGACAUUGCGAUGCAU